UUUUUUUUUUGCAGAAUGCUCCCUUGUACAUUUUCCUCUUUUCCAUUCCGUUCGUGGCAAAAAGAUAAAAAAAAUAAAAAAAGGUGGAAUCAGAUUCAGUUACCACUCAUAGACCGCGGCUCGCCUCCCCUCCACCGUCCCUUGCAUUUCUUCGCCGAUUCCUCCUCGUCGCCCUCCCCCCUCCCCUGGCGACCUACCACCGCCGCCCAGCCACCGCCGUGCCCUAGCCCGGCCUCGCCGCCGCCGGCCUCGCUCCCCAUACCCCUCCCCGCCUCCGCCUCCCACGCGUCUCCGUCGCCUCCUCCGCCUCCCACGCGCGGCCGCGUCCCGCAUCGCCGCGACCCCGUCCGAUCCCGAGCUUGUUUGAGCAUCCGUUCGUACAGUAUGUCGGAGAAGCCAUCUGAUGAUACUACUGGCCAGGUGAGGCCUGAAGGAGAUGUUUCUGAUGUGAAAGUGGAAACUGCCAACCAGGAUAAAGGAAAUGAGAUGCCAUCAGCACAGCAAGAGGAAGCAGUAAUCAAGAAAAAGUAUGGAGGAGUACUGCCCAAAAAGUCACCACUCAUAUCCAAGGACCAUGAGCGAGCUUACUUUGAUUCUGCUGAUUGGGCUCUGGGAAAGCAAGGAGGACAUCCUCAAAAGCCUAAAGGGCCCCUUGAAGCACUUCGGCCGAAAUUACAGCCUACCCAGCAGCAAGCCCGUUCACGACGGUUCCUUCAUGCAUCUACUGACAGCGACGAGGGUGCCAACUCGCCUACGGAGGCUACGACCCCGAACCAGGAGUCCACCCUGAGCCAGGAGUCCACCGAGGAGGCCAAGGCCGCCGAGAACAAGGAAUCCACCGAGUAGCUCCCAUGCCUUUUUUGAACGGAACUCUGCCAUUUGCUGCGCCCAUGCCGUCUCGUUGCUCUAGUAAUAAGUAUUCCGGACGUCGUGUAACGCCUGCUGAAUUUUGAACUGAAGUGUCGCAGACAUGCUGUUAUCCACCGCGCUAUGCCAUUCCAUGGCUGUUGAUGCCUGUAACAGUUCGGUAUGGGAUCGGGAACAUUAUGAUGAUGUCGCACCGAGUGUCGUCCGAGUCGGACUCGGACAGAAUAAAAGCGUGAGAGCCUGAAAUUUAUGCUGGUA